GUCUUUGACAAGCGUCCAGCGGGUGGACUGAUUGGCAAGUUUGGUUCCAUCGCACCGCUUACUACGACUCUCAAACAAUGACCUAUCAGCUGAUGCCCGCUAUUAUCUGGGCCGAUUGUCCGACGUGAUAACCUGUACUUCAUCCGAACGGACCUCCACCAAUCAUGAAUGCGUCGUCGUUCGGCUCCUGGGCAAUUGAGGCCGCAUGUCCAUGGCCUAACCUAUUUCAAGCUCAUGGAAGAUAGGAAGGCGUGCAACGCUCCAUACAGCCGGGCCAAGUCCAUGGCAUUGAUCCGCAGUGACAUCGCCAAAGUCCCUGAGCUCUCUCCGGGAUGACCGCAUUGAGCGUAAGACCCUACCUCUUUUACAUUUCGGCAUGCGGGGUUGCUACAAUUGAAAAAGAAAAAAAAAACCUGGGGUCCGCUUGAACUGUUUUCUUGGGGUAUUUAAAGAUGUCUUGCUUACCGUUUGCUUGAUCAUAUCCAUCACACCACUCCUAUCGCCCUUCUCCGAACUCCUAUCUGGCUCCUUGCCCCCAAUUGAGCUUAUAAACACAUCGAGAACGCACGGCUUGAAGCUCAACGUUCAUCACAUACACAAAUCCCAAUCGCUUCAGCAAAAAUGUCUAUCCCAGCUACGCAGAUGGCCAUGGUCAUCGAGAAGACCGGCGGCCCAGUUCAGUACAAAGAGAUCCCAGUUCAGAAACCCGGCCCAGAUGAGGUUCUUGUUAACAUCAAAUACUCUGGUGUCUGCCACACUGACCUUCACGCCGUCAAUGGCGACUGGCCGCUCCCAACCAAGCUGCCGCUCGUCGGUGGUCACGAAGGUGCCGGUGUCGUCGUCGCCGUAGGCAACCUUGUUACAGACGUCCAGAUCGGCGACCACGUAGGUGUCAAGUGGCUGAACGGCUCUUGCUUGGCCUGCGAGUUCUGCCAGACAUCUGAUGAGCCGCUUUGCCCCAAGGCUCUGCUUUCCGGUUACACAGUGGAUGGAUCCUUCCAGCAGUAUGCCAUCGCCAAGGCUGCACAUGUGGCGAGAAUACACAAGGACAUCCCACUCGAUGCCAUCGCUCCAGUCCUUUGCGCCGGUAUCACGGUCUACAAAGGCCUCAAGGAGUCGGGUGCGCGACCCGGCCAGACCGUUGCCAUUGUCGGCGCCGGCGGUGGUCUUGGAUCUCUGGCUCAGCAGUACGCAAAGGCCAUGGGUCUACGAAUCAUCGCCAUCGACUCGGGCGAAGAGAAGAGGAAGAUGUGCGCGACUCUCGGCUCUGAUGCCUUUGUCGACUUCGCAACUAGCCAGAAUGUCGUCAAGGAUGUGCAAGCCGCCACUGAGGACGGUCUAGGUCCACAUGCUGUCCUGCUUGUUGCUGUGAACGAGAAGCCGUUCCAGCAGGCUGCAGAGUAUGUCCGACCACGUGGUACAGUGGUGUGCAUCGGUCUCCCUGCUGGUGCUUACCUGAAGGCCCCUGUCUUCGAGUCCGUCAUCAGAAUGAUCACAAUCAAGGGCUCAUAUGUAGGCAACCGCAAGGAUACCCAGGAAGCUCUCGACUUCUUCCGCCGUGGUCUCAUCAAGGCGCCAUUCAAGGUCGUCGGUCUCUCGCAGCUGCAGGAGGUGUACGACCUGAUGCAGAAGGGACAAAUUGCGGGACGUUACGUGCUGGACACUUCGAAGUAAGGCGCUGGGGAGCUGGUAUCAAAAAUUAUGGGAACGAAUUCUUGUAUAUACUUGAGAAGACUUUGCACGAAUUGAGAGCUGUGGCAGCCUCCCAUUGGCAUCUAGAAACCAUCAGAUUGAAAAACGCAUUUCUCGACUAUUCAUCUCAAUUUUUCUCAAAAGUUCCACCCGCGGGCUGAUUUGUCUGUAGUAGCGCAAGGCUUUCCAAAUCGAGCAGGUGUGUCCUGGUCAAAUUCCGCUUUGUGAUUGGUCGAUUUCCAGUCUUCGAAGCAAUGGGAAUCGCAAUAUGUAUGAAUUCGAUCUCGGACUGGAGGACGCAGUACUUCGGCUCAUGAACUUCAAUCUGAAAGUACCCCUUUUGCAGGAGAGAGAGAGUAAAAUAAUCCGAAA